AUGUAUGCCAAAUUAAAAUACGCUGAGAAAUUAUUAGAAAAUAAAAAUGUGCAUAGUUCUUCAGCUAAAGACAUUGUACCCAAACAACAUUUACCGUCCAUUGAAGUACCUAAAUUCUCAGUCGAAAAAGAAAGUUCCACCAUGCCUUUACGCGUUGUGUUUGAUGCAUCUGCGAAAAAUUCAGAAUUCACUUCCUUGAACGAAAUUUUGCAUGUUGGUCUUAAAUUACAAACCGACAUUUGUUCAAUCCUUCUAAAUUUUCGUUUCGGGCCUAUAGCAUUAACAGCUGAUAUCAAACAAAUGUAUCGUAAUAUUUGGGUUCGUAAACAGGAUAGAAAAUAUCAAAAAAUCUUAUGGAUACCGUUUCCCGAUGCAUCCAUUGACAUCUAUGAAUUAAAUACUGUAACUUUUGGUUUAUCGUCAUCUCGCUUUCAAGCUAUCAGAACCAUCAAACAACUUUCCCGAGACGAAUGUUCCAAAUAUUCUCAAUCUAUUUCUAGAAUUCUUGAGAACGAUGUCUAUAUUGAUGAUGUGGUUACAAGUAUCGACUCCUUGGAUAGCGCUAAAACCAUUUGCGAGAGUUUGCAGACUAUAUUAUCGUCUGGAGGUUUUGAAUUAAAAAAAUGGGAAUCUAAUAAUUUUAAUCUGCGUAAACUUUUUCCUGAUUCUGAUGUACAAAAUAAACAUUUCUCUAAAUCAAUUUUUGAAACGGAAUCUUCUACAAAAUUAUUGGAAUUAAAAUGGAAUCCCUUAUCAGAUAAUGUUUCAUUCGAAAUAAAGCUUACAUGGAGAAAAUGGACAAAGAGACAACUUCUUUCAGUAAUAGCGCGAAUCUGGGAUCCUCUGGGUUUCCUUACUCCGAUAGUUGUUAAGAUAAAAGUAUUAUUGAAAAAAAUUUGGACAUUAAAAAUCGAUUGGGAUGAGGAAUUACCAUCAUUUAUUAUUACAUCAUGGUUAGCCGUAUAUUCCGAAUUAGAGCAUCUUAAUAACUAUCAGAUUCCGCCUUAUCUCGAAACGUCAAAACAAAACAAAUGUUCAUUAUUGGGUUUCGCGGAUAGCUCAGAGCAAGCGUAUGGAGCGGUAGUUUAUAUUAAAUCUCUUGGCAAACCGAAUUUCUUGUUGAUUUCAAAAUCACGAGUAACACCGAUUAAAAACCAAACAUUAGCCUGGCUUGAACUUUGUGCUUGUCAUUUACUGUCAAAACUUCUGAAUUUUAUAUUAACGAAUAACCAACAUAGUAUAGAUUUUGAUUCCAUUUAUUGUUUUUCCGAUUCUAUGAUUGUCCUCCACUGGUUAGCAGGGCCUGCUACUUGUUGGAAGACAUUUGUAGCCAAUAGGGUAACAAAAAUACGGGAUCUCAUUCCUAAUGCACAAUGGCUUCACAUUCCUUCUAAUCAAAAUUCAGCCGAUUGUGUUUUCCGAGGUCUUCGACCUAAGGAAUUUAUCCAACAUAAGAAUUGGUUAUUUGCGCCGGAUUAG